UGUAUUUCUGUGUGUCUUAGUUUCUUUAUUUCUUUACGCUUGUUUUCCUUUUCUAUCUUUCCUCGUUGGAACCCUAAAUCACUUCACUGCUUCUCUCGAAAAGGAAAAGAUCGGAAUUGAGAAAUUGAGAGUGAGAGAGAAAGAAAAGGGGAUCUGAAUGGAAGGAAUGUUAUCGGCAAAUGACCAACAGAGCAUGGUCUCUUUGUUCUUGGAGGUUGCUCAGGGCCAGACCACUGAGACUGCUCGACAGUUCUUGCAGGCGACAAGUUGGAAACUUGAGGAAGCUCUUCAGCUGUUCUUGAUCGGCAGUGAUGCUGGGUCUUUGCCACCACCAUCACACUCUCCACCUCUAGAAAAUGUUGAAUCUUGGACUGAUCAACCAUCAAGUGAACCAAGGAAGGAAAGUGAGAGUAGUGACCACAAUGUCAAUGAUCCAGAUGAAGUACGCCCUCCCUUACCUGUUAUACGGGAAACUCUUUAUGACGAUUCAAUGAUCUAUAGAGGAUCAAGGUUUGCACCCCGUUCACAAGAGCCUAACUCUUUAAUAGCAUUUCGUAACUUUGAAGAGGAAAUGAGACGUCCCGGGGUUUGGGAAACAGAGCAAGGUGCUGCUUCGACAGCAGAAACUUCUAGGGAUAAUCUUGCUUCACUCUAUCGCCCUCCAUUUCAUCUGAUGUUUAAUGGCACUUUUGAUAAGGCAAAAGGUGCUGCUGCCAUGCAGGACAAAUGGCUGUUGCUGAACAUUCAAUCCACUACAGAAUUCAGCUCUCAUAUGCUUAAUCGUGAUACAUGGGCCAAUGAAGCUGUUUCUCAAACCAUUAGCACAAACUUCAUAUUCUGGCAGGUAUAUGAUGAUACAACUGAAGGAAGAAAAGUCUGCACUUAUUACAAACUGGAAUCGAUUCCUGUAGUGCUUCUUAUUGAUCCCAUCACUGGCCAAAAGAUGCGAUCAUGGUCUGGAAUGGUUCAGCCUGAAAGCUUACUAGAAGGUCUACUAGCAUUCCUUGAUGCAGGGCCAAAGGAUCAUCACAUGACCUUAUCUCACAAGCGUCCUAGAGGAGCUUCUAGCCCACCUAAGGCUAAAGCUAUUGUAGAUUCAGACGAGAAUAAAGAUGAGGAAGAGGAAAUCCAAAGAGCUCUGGCAGCAUCGAUGGAGGGCAUGAUUGGAUCUAAUGUUGCGGCUGGAAGUGACAACAAGGAGGCAGAUUCCGCUGUCAGCCAGCAAGAGGCAGCCUUGCCCAAGAGGCCCUCAUACCCGGUACUCCCCGAAGAGCCUAAGGCUGAAAGAAGUCUCCUGUGCAGGGUUGGUGUUCGGCUUCCAGAUGGACGCCGGGUUCAGCGUAACUUUUUACGCACAGAUCCUAUUCAGCUGCUGUGGUCAUUCAUUUCAGCUCAAGUAGGAGAAGAUGAGACAAAGCCAUUCAGAUUAGCACAAGCAAUUCCUGGAGCCAACAAAGUUCUUGACUAUGAAAGCAAUUCAACCUUUGAAGAAUCAGGGCUUGCAAAUUCCAUGAUCUUUGUCACUUGGGACUGAGUUUAGCUUUUAAGACUCGGAGAAUUUUUAAUGUUGGUUUCUUCUGAUAUGAUGAGGAUUGAGGCUGGUUUAUCAUCAAAGGAAAAGGGGGAGUUUUUGUUUAAACUUCUUGUGUAUAUUUUAUGAAUCCGAAUGAUGAAUAGACUUUCAAUUAAUGGAAUUUUUUUUUUCUUUUGG